AUGAGAAGGAUGAAGAAAGCUGUAGUUAUUUGCUUACUGUUGGCAGUGUUAGCGCAAGUGGAAAGUUUUGGACAGGGAAGAUCGUUUAACUCUGAUGGAUACAAAGAUGAUCAUAAUGGAGUACGUGCUCAGGGUGAUGAUGCAGCAGAUGAUGACCUGGCAGUUGAAGAUGGAGCAGCCGAUGAUGAUGCAGCAGAUGAUGAUUCAGCUGAUGAUGAUGCAGCAGAUGAUGAUUCAGUUGAAGAUGACCAGGCAGCUGAUGAUGAUUCAGCUGAUGAUGAUUUUAGCAGUGCAUCUGGAGAACUGCCUGUCGAACCUGACACAACCCUGGAAAGUGACUUCGACUGCGAAAUAAACAAUCCGUGCCUGAAGUUUGGUCCUUUCUUUGAAAGAACGUUUUUUCCGGCGAAAGAUUAA